GGCAGGCAAGCUUCGGAAGGAAUGCGCAGUGUAAUGGAGAGCCGAUCGCCUGCUGGAAGCCAACUCCUUCAUCCAUCGACAAGUCUCGACAUACCAAAAGUGCCAGCACUGUACGAAGAGAAUCUAGAAAGAAGGGAAAGCGAGGAGGCUGCAGAUCCAGCAAGCCGGCCGCCGAACGAGACCUAUGAGAGAAGGGCAGAAAGAAGGUAUUCAGAAGACAGACAUGAACAAGCUGUUACCAAGGGUCGGGAACAAGGCUUAAGGUCCAGGGAAGACGCAAGCCGCAAACCGCAAACCGGGGUGAUGAGUACUGGAUCAUACGAUUCUCGUCGGCGGCGGCACGCUGCUGUUGAGAAUGAGAGACAAUGGGACUUUGUAACGCGAAGGAUCUCGAGUACCAGGGGAGCGAAUCAAGAUGAAGGGCGAGUGUCUUUGUUGAUGCUAUGGACGUCUAUGAAAGGGCAAGCCGACGAAUCAGAGAGACGCCACAGCGGGGUUUUGCGGGCAGCGAAGACGACAGUGGACGAGCCAUUGAAACUGCGGAUAGUGUAUAAGAAGCAACAGAAGAGCGAUACUGUCCAGUUUAUGCAAAGCUUGCCUCAUGACCCGAAGAAUAGCAAUGACCGCAGACUCGCUCAACAUAAGGCGAUAUACACAUGA